AUGAAUCCUCUCUGCCCCUCCACCGACCUCAAACCCGACCGGCAUGAACCCUUCUCCCCUUCCCUGGCCAUCGAUCAGCGGCCUGCGCCCAUCUCCACGAAUAUCAAACAGCACCGGCUCGACCAUCCAUUCUCAGUCCGCACCCACCAAAAUGCUUUCCACUCUUUCGUGCCUCGUGCUCUUCCCAAGACCCAGCUUCACCUAAGUCUCCCAGGACCGAACAAGUUUCAAGCUGAUGAAGCGGUGUCCCGGCACCGGGCUCUGCUCGCUGCAUUGGGUUUAAGGCGGGACGUUGUGGUGGUUCUGCCGCGGGGGUGCUGGGAUGCAGACAAGGGGGUGACACCGCCAAGGACAUUUCUCGCCUGCAGAUUUGUCGUGAUGCACUGA